UACUCACACAGCAUUGGUAUUCACAUCUAUCAACCAUUCAUCAACCAACCCUCCUCCCCUCUAACCAUUACAUUGUGCUUUGAGUCCCACUUUUUUCUUUUCAAAUGGAAAUAACAAAACAGAACAGGUCCUACAAGUUAUGUAUCAGGUUUGAAAAAGAAAGUAUUUCUUGUUUCUCACAAAUCCCUCACUGACAAGUCUUCACUUCCAUCUUCACAUCUUUAAGGUGACAAGUUCUUUCUUAGUGUCAGCUUGUACCAUUUAUUGCUGUGAACAUAACAAUAUUGCUGCACAGUUGGACUCGGGACUCCACCGAGAAUUAACGAGAAAAAGGGAGGAUGGAUCGUCUUAUAUUCCUUCUAUUAGCAGGACUAGUGAGAACACAGUCAAUGUCAGCUACAAACCCUAUUCCAACAACAGAAAUGGGUACAACAGCUGCAUCUACAUUAGUCAUGACAUCACCACCAGUCAACGUGACUUCACCACUAGAAAACGUGACCUCACCACCAGUCAAUGUGACCUCACCACCACUCAACGUGACUUCACCACUAGAAAACGUGACCUCACCACCAGUCAAUGUGACCUCACCACCAGUCAACGUGACUUCACCACUAGAAAACGUGACCUCACCACCAGUCAAUGUGACCUCACCACCACUCAACGUGACUUCACCACUAGAAAACGUGACCUCACCACCAGUCAAUGUGACCUCACCACCAGUCAACGUGACUUCACCACUAGAAAAUGUGACCUCAGCACCAGUCAACGUGACUUCACCACUAGAAAAUGUGACCUCCGCACCAGUCAAUGUGACGUCACCACCAGUCAACGUGACCUCACCACCAGUAAAUGUGACUUCACCACCAGUCAACGUGACUUCACCACUAGUCAAUGUAACCUCACCACCAGUUAACGUGACUUCACCACCAGUCAACCUGACCUCGCCGCCAGUCAACGUGACCUCACUGCCAAUCAACGUGACCUCACCACCAGUCAACGUGACCUCACCACCCAUCAACGUGACCUCACCACCAGUCAACGUGACCUCAUCACCAGUCAAUGUGACCUCACAACCAGUCAACGUGACUUCACCACCAGUCAACGUGACUUCACCGCCAGUCAACGUGACUUCAACACCAGUCACUGUGACUUCACCACCAGUCAACGUGACUUCACCACAAGUCAAUGUAACAUCAGCACUAGUCAAUGUGACUUCACCACCAGUCAACGUGACCUCACCGCCAGUCAACGUGACCUCACCGCCAAUCAAUGUGACCUCACCGCCAGUCAACGUGACCUCACCGCCCGUCAACGUGACAUCAACACCAGUCAACGUGACCUCACCACCAGUCAAUGUGACUUCACCACCAGUCAAUGUGACCUCGCAGCCAUUUAAUGUGACUUCACCGCCAGUCAGCGUGACCUCACUGCCAGUCAACGUGACCUCUCCACCAAUCAACAUGACCUCACCACCAGUUAAUGUGACAUCACCACCAGUCAACGUGACAUCACCACCAGUCAACGUGACAUCCCCAUCAGUCAAUGUGACAUCACCACAAGUCAACGUGACCUCACCACCGGUCAACAUGACAUCCCCACCAGUCAAUGUGAACUCACCGCCAGUCAAUGUGACGUCACCGCCAGUCAACGUGACUUCAAAACCAGUCAACAUGACCUCACCGCCAACCAACGUGACCUCACCGCCUGUCAAUGUGACCUCACCACUGGUCAACGUGACAUCACCACCAGUCAAUGCAACAUCAUCACCAGUCAUGACUUCACCACAAGUCAACGUAACCUCACCACCAGUCAACAUGACCUCAUCACCAGUCAAUGUGACUUCACCACCAGUAAGCGUGACAACAUCAGCAGUCAACGUGACCUCACCGCCAGUCCAUGUGACCUCACCACCACUCAACGUGACUUCACCACCAGUCAAUGUGACCUCACCACCACUCAACGUGACCUCACCACCAGUCAACGUGACUUCACCACCAGUCAGCAUGUCCUCACCACCACUCAGCGUGACCUCACCACCAAGAAUCACAACUAUUGGCACUCCAACUACAACCCCAUCACCUGUCCAAACAACAGAGCCAAUAAUUCAGUUGGAAUUUAAGUUACAGCAAAAUUUUACAUCACAACUUACAGACAAAUCCUCACCAGAGUUCAUUCAAUUAGCAGACGUAGUAACCACAGUGCUCAACACUCUUUAUUCACAAAAAUAUGGAGCUAACUUCAAUCGAACUGUCAUCAAAAGCUUCAGUCAAGGUUCCGUUGUGGUUGAUGCUGAGCUGAUAUUCAAUAAUGCCAGUGCAGUGCCGGAAACUAGUGCUGUGACAAAUGUGCUGGUGGGGGCAGUGUCAAACAGUUCCAACUUCUCCCUUCCAGUGGAUGCAUCAAGCGUUGUUGCAAUGCAAAUAAGUACAACAGCUGCAUCUACAUUUGUCAUGACUUCACCACCAGUCAACGUGACUUCAACACCAGUCAACGUGACUUCACCACCAGUCAACUUGACCUCACCGCAAGUCAACAUGACUUCACCACCAGUCAUUGUGACUUCACCACCAAUCAACGUGACCUCACCACCGGUCAACGUGACCUCAUCACCGGUCAACAUGACUUCAACACCGGUCAACGUGACUUCAACACCAGUCAACGUGACUUCACCACCAGUCAACAUGACAUCACCACCAGUCAACGUGACAUCACCACCAGUCAAUGUGACUUCACCACAAGUCAACGUGACCUCACCGCCAGCCAACGUGACAUCCCCACCAGUCAAUGUGAACUCACCGCCAGUCAACGUGACCUCAUCGCCAGUCAACGUGACCUCACCGCCAGUCAACGUGACCUCACUACCAGUCAACUUGACUUCACCACCAGUCAACGUGACAUCACCACCAGUCAACGUGACCUCACGACCAGUCAACGUGACCUCACCGCCAGCCAACGUGACCUCACCGCCAGUAAAUGUGACAUCACCACCAGUCAACGCAACAUCAUCACCAGUCAUGACUUCACCACCAGUCAACGUGACCUCACCACCAGUCAACGUGACCUCAUCACCAGUCAAUGUGACUUCACCACCAGUCAGCAUGACAUCAUCAGUAGUCAACGUGACCUCACCGCCAGUCCAUGUGACCUCACCACCACUCAACGUGACUUCACCACCAGUCAAUGUGACUUCACCAUCAGUCAACUUGACUUCACCACCAGUCAACGUGACCUCACCACCAGUCAACGUGACUUCACCACCAGUCAGCAUGUCCUCACCACAAGUUAACGUGACCUCUCUACCAAGAAUCACAACUAUUGGCACUCCAACUACAACCCCAUCAGCUGUCAAAACAAUAGAGCCAAUAAUUCAGUUGGAAUUUAAGUUACAGCUAAAUUUUACAUCACAACUUACAGACAAAUCCUCACAAGAGUUCAUUCAAUUAGCAGACGUAGUAACCACAGUGCUCAACAUUCUUUAUUCACAAAAAUAUGGAGCUAACUUCAAUCGAACUGUCAUCAAAAGCUUCAGUCAAGGUUCCGUUGUGGUUGAUGCUGAGCUGAUAUUCAAUAAUGCCAGUGCAGUGCCGGAAACUAGUGCUGUGACAAAUGUGCUGGUGGGGGCAGUGUCAAACAGUUCCAACUUCUCCCUUCCAGUGGAUGCAUCAAGCGUUGUUGCAAUGCAAAUAAGUACAACAGCUGCAUCUACAUUUGUCAUGACUUCACCACCAGUCAACGUGACUUCAACACCAUUCAACGUGACUUCACCACCAGUCAACUUGACCUCACCGCAAGUCAACAUGACUUCACCACCAGUCAUUGUGACUUCACCACCAAUCAAUGUGACCUCAGCACCGGUCAACGUGACCUCACCACCGGUCAACGUGACCUCAUCACCAGUCAAUGUGACUUCACCACCAGUCAGCGUGACAUCAUCAGCAGUCAACGUGACCUCACCGCCAGUCAACGUGACCUCACCGCCAGCCAACUUGACAUCCGCACCAGUCAAUGUGACUUCACCGCCAGUCAACGUGACAUCACCACCAGUCAACGUGACCUCACCACCAGUCAACGUGACCUCACCGCCAGCCAACGUGACCUCACCGCCAGUCAAUGUGACAUCACCACCAGUCAACGCAACAUCAUCACCAGUCAUGACUUCACCACCAGUCAAUGUGACCUCAUCACCAGUCAAUGUGACUUCACCACCAGUCAACUUGACCUCCCCACGCCAGUCAACGUGACCUCACUACCAGUCAACUUGACUUCACCACCAGUCAA